AUGGAUCAAUACAGGGACGUGGCCUCGGAUGACGAGGCCGUUUCGGAAACCGACUCCCUUCGAAGGACACAGUCAACAGAGCAAUCUGGGACUGAUCCUCAUAGUAACCUUCCAGUAUAUCGAAACAUUCACCGGUCAGUGGAAGUCGACCCAACGCCGAGCUAUAGCGCUAAGCAGAGAACAACAGAUGAUCCCUAUACUUCGGAACAACUCUCCGACCCUCAAAUGAACAUGCUCAUCGUGAGACCGCUGGUUGAUCAACUCUACAACCCUGAUGAUGUAUCUGUCGUAUUCUGCCUACUGGUGAAUCGCACUCAGUUCUUGCGAGAACAACACUAUGAGGUUCACCUACAAACUGUCAGCAUCACUCGCGCAACCCUUUGUGAAAUACUGGCAAGCAGAGUCUUGCGUCGAUUCGACGAAGACAAUCCAGGUCAUGCCGGUCUUUUGCUGCUAGCAAACAUCUUGGUAGCAGGAUUUGAGCCAUUCCAGAAUGCACCAGAGUCAAUCACCAUAGCCCAGCCUAAUGCGCGCCAAUGGCCAAUACAGAAACGCGGGGGAUACGAGCGCAAGAUCACGGCAUUAGAAGUGGCGAUCAUCUCUGAAAGCAAGGCUUUUCUAAGUUCAUCGGCUUGUCAAAAAGUUGUGGAUGCUGUUUACCGCGGUCAAGUCAUCUACACACCUCUCUCGUUCGUCGAUAUCAUUCCUGAUCACUACAAACACCGUCCGAUCUCGCUAUACAACCCUCGAAAAGCAUCAAUUCUCAACCAUCACCGACUGAUCGUGCCGCGUCUUCGCAAUAUCAUUGAGAUCUUCCAGUUCGCCGUGCUCCUGCUUCUUUAUGGGCUGACCAUGAUCAAACGAGACGGCGUCGCUGUCACCGGUUACGAGGUUGUUUUCUGCACUUAUGCAAGUGGCUGGCUACUGGAGGAAUUUGCGGCCAUUAUCGAGCAUGGAUGGUACGUCCACACACAGAAUGUGUGGUCAUUCCUCGAUAUUGCCUUCUUCAUCAUUUACUCUCUGUAUUUCACCUUACGAGCGUAUGCUGGAUUCUUCGACAGCGAGGAGGUGGCUGCGACCUCCUUACACGUCCUUUGCAUCGCGGCGCCAUUCCUUUUACCGCGACUGGCAUGCAAUUUGAUGCCAGACAACAUGCUCUUCAUCUCUCUUCGUGCGAUGAUGCGAGAUUUCUCGGUUCUGACCUUGCUGGCCACGUGGUGUUUCGCGGGCUUUUUCCUUUCGAUGACAUGGCUUAUUAAUUCUCGCGCGGAAUCCAGUGUCGAGCCGCCUGGCCCAGCGACAAUCUCCAAAUGGCUGCUUUGGAUCUGGUUUGGACUCGACGGAACGGGAUUUGAGCGCUCGGUAGAUUUUCACGUCCUUCUCGGGCCUGCACUGAUGAUCGCGUUCGCUUUUCUCGGCAACACACUUUUCCUUACCAUUCUGGUGUCCAUGCUCACCAACACGUUUGCCAAGAUUGUGGAGAACGCGGCUGCCGAAGUUCACUUUCGUCGCGCGGUCCUCACUUUCGAGGGUGUCAAAAGUGAUGCCAUUUUCGCGUAUCGACCCCCCUUGAAUAUUGUGGCAUUAAUGAUCUUACUUCCCCUGAAAUUCAUGCUGUCCCCGCGAUGGUUUCACAAGGUCAAUGUAGCAGCGGCGAGAGUAUGCAAUGCGCCCCUUUUGUUGGCCAUCAGUCUCUACGAGCGGCAUCAGCUAUGGCGCUCGCCCAACAGAGACACAACAAAGGGGUACAAGCGGUCGUCACUCUUCCAGUGGACCUUCUCUGGAUUCUCUCCCCACGGUGAUAUUCAAGCUGUAUUUGACGUGGACCCUCCAAAAGCUAUGUUCGAGAAUUCUUCUUGA